UUCUGAAGCAGUGGGAGACCUUAACGGGAGUUGUGGAGACAACACUUUAACACCUUUUCCUUCUCUACAGAAAUAAAUCUUUACCAUCGUUACUUCCACCUCCCGUCAACAUGAAAUCCUUUAAAAGUUUGUGAAAGAGUGAAGAUCUGUGAGGAUGCGGAGCGGCUGAGAGAAGAAGCAAUCAGCUCUGUUUUGGCACCGUUUACAGUGCAGAGCUCACUGGUGGGUUUGGAGGUGGAGAGAUCUGACUUACAGCAAUGCCCCAGCCUACUGUACAUAUCUGCCCACUCUCACAGACAGAGAGCAAGGUAGGCUGACAUUGCCUUGGUUAUUCAUUAUUACCCAGAAUGGAAGAUUUAGCGACAGAAAAUGCAUGUAAGGGAGUUAAUGGACACUCCAGAACAGACAAAUCACCCUCUCCCGCUGCUACUCGCAGCGUUGACUCAUGCUGCGGAUCCUUCCUGAAAGGUUUCAAGCUCUGGAUACCUGUGAACUACAAGAAUGAAACUGUUCAGCUUGUCAAACUGGCCGGACCUGUGUUCAUUUCACAGUUGAUGAGCUUCCUGAUCGGCUUCGUCAGCAUGGUGUUCUGCGGUCACCUGGGGAAGACGGAGCUGGCCGGCGUGGCUUUAGCAAUAGCGGUGAUUAAUGUCACCGGUAUUUCCAUUGGCUGUGGUUUGGCAUCAGCAUGCGACACACUCAUAUCUCAGACUUAUGGGAGUGGUAACCUGAAGCGUGUCGGGGUGAUACUCCAACGGGGAGUUUUGGUACUGCUCUUAGCCUGUUUCCCCUGCUGGGCCGUCCUCAUUAACACUCAGCCCAUUUUGCUGGCUGUCAGGCAGAGCACCGAGGUCGCCAGACUCUCACAGCUGUAUGUGAAGAUCUUUAUGCCGGCUCUGCCAGCUGCCUUCAUGUACCAGCUGCAGGGGAGGUAUCUUCAGAAUCAGGGCAUCAUGUGGCCUCAGGUGAUAUGCGGAGCCAUUGGGAAUGUUUUGAAUGCGAUCAUCAACUACAUCUUCAUCAAUCUUCUGGACAUGGGGGUCGUUGGAUCUGCAGCUGCCAACACCAUCUCACAGUAUUCCUUGGCUGUGUUCUUGUUUGUAUAUAUCUGCGCCAGGGGCCUGCACAAAACUACAUGGGACGGUUGGUCCAGAGACUGUCUGCAGGAGUGGGAUUCUUUCCUCCGCCUCGCCAUCCCCAGCAUGCUGAUGCACUGUCUGGAGUGGUGGCUGUAUGAGAUUGCCGGGUUCCUGGCAGGCAUCAUAAGUGAGGUUGAGUUAGGGGCUCAGUCUAUAGUUUAUGAACUGGCUGCAAUCGCUUACAUGAUUCCGAUGGGUUUCUCUCUCGCUGCCAGUGUCCGGGUUGGAAAUGCUCUCGGUGCUGGGAACACAGAGCAAGCCAAACUAUCCAGCAAGGUCUCCGUCAUCUGCGCAUCUAUCGUCUCAUGUUUCAUUGGAGCCUGUCUCGGUGUGUCUAAGGAUGUGAUCGGUUACAUUUUCACUACAGAGAAAGACAUUAUUCAAAGGGUGGCAGAUAUCAUGAAGCUGUAUUGUUUCAUCCACAUUGCUGAGGCCUUUGCGGCUGUGACAGGCGGUAUCGUCCGGGGAGCAGGGAAGCAAAUGAUUGGCGCUGUGUGUUCUUUGGUGGGUUUCUACUUCAUUGGGUUUCCCAUUGGAGUGUCUUUGAUGUUCCCUGCCAAAAUGGGGAUAGUAGGUUUGUGGUCUGGGUUUUUAAUUUGUGUUGUGGCACAGUCCACAUUCUUUGUAGUUUUCCUGUGCAAACUAAACUGGAACAAAGUCACUGAGGAGGCACUGGUGAGAGCGGGAGUCGACAUUACAAAGCGGAACAAAGUCUUUGGGAUAGAAAAUAAUGCCAAGGAGUCUGGUGACAAACAGAACCACAUAAAGACCAGUCGGUCCAGUUCAGUGAGUCCAGAGGCGAGGGAUGAAUCGCUCGGUGAAGGUCAACAGACUUCGCAUGACGUGCGUCUGUCCGUCAGGCAGCUGCUGGUGCGACGCGGGCUCGCUGUACUGUCCAUGCUCAUCAUCCUCGCUGCUGGAGUCUUCAUCAGUGAGCUGCUCAUCAGACUGCUACAAUUAGACGAGUGACCUUUGUCAGGCCACGUACAUGCAGCACAAAUCAAUGCUCUGUGCUUCUGACUUUGAGUGUACAGACGUACAGUGUUUGUGUUGAGCAUUGAAGUACUUAGCAGGAACACAAGCAGUGAGACAACGCGGAGUCAAGAAUACAACUGUACCACAAUAUGUCAAUAUAUUGUACAAAAUGUCAGACUGUUUAUUUAGAAUAAAAUAAUAACUGGCAUUUACACAAGUCAAA